UGCCAGCCUUCAAAUUAAUAAUGCCCACCAUUUUAUCAAACAAACACACCCCUCCAAAUUUCCUGUGUCAUUUUUUUUUUUGGGAAAGUUUUAUUUCUUUCAGGCUUUCACUACCCACUCACCCGACCCGCCCCAAACCCUUCUGCCUCAGCCUUCAAUCCAGUGCCUAGUGCCCCCACACUCCAGCUUCCAUUCCUCCAGAGUCCAGCCUCUGUGUUUUCUUCUUCACUCUUCUUCUUUUCCUUCACUCUACUUCUUCUCGUCUCUCUCACAGACCCAAACCCCAAAAUCAGUAAAUCGGUAAAAUCCUCCCCUCUCGGCUUCUUCUGAUCGAGCUCUCCGGCCACCGCCUCCUUCCUCCGCCACUGAUUUCAACACACACUCAGCCCACAGCCUCUCGGCCUCCAUUCACUGAUCAGUCAUCAGAGAUUUUUUUUCCAACAGCAAUUCGCAGGAAGCCAGUAAUUUUUUUUUUUUUAAAAGGUAGGUUGAUUCUGGGUGAUUGUGUUUCCUUGGUGAGAAUUUUUCAAAUGCCAUCUAGGGAUCAAAGUUUUGGUCUGUAUUGAAUUUGGCUUGAAAGGAUGCUAAGGGAAUGUUUUGAUGGUGGAAGGAUCAGUUUUUGAGUGGAAUUUUGUGGUGAAGGACUGUAAAUGAUGAUGAGAGGGGGAAAAGAUGAGGGAAGAGUGAUGAGUCCUAUGUUUCCUAGGCUUCAUGUGAAUGAUACAGAGAAAGGAGGGCCAAGGGCACCUCCAAGGAAUAAAAUGGCUCUCUAUGAGCAGCUCAGUAUCCCUUCCCAAAGGUUCAACUCUGGAUCACCAUCCAUGCUGCCUCUUCCUCCAAGUAAUAACAACAGCUUGGUUCCUUUAAUAUCAUCAAGCCAUGGUGGUGACAAUGAAAGGAGUAUGUUUGUGCCAUUCGGCAACACCCAUGAAUCUUCCAUUUUGGCUGAUAAGUUUCAUUCUUAUUCCAACCCCGGGACUAAUCUAAAUACCACUAAAGGAAAUCAAGAAAGAAAAACCACAAAAGCUAUAGAUGACAAUAGUUUGGAUACCACACCACCAAUUCAAGCAGUUUCUAAAAGCAAUCCAUUGCAGCCACUGCAUUUUUCUAACUUUAAGAAAUUUUCCUUAAGGAAGCUAGGUUACGAUGAUGAUCUUAGGGUUCCUACCUCUGUUUUGUCUUUAAUAGAACAGAACUUUAGUUGCAGUAAGCAGAGUGAAGGCCGGGGAAUUUUUUCUAAAUUGAACUUGAGCUCUUCAAUGCAACUUCAAACUGCUAAUGAAAAGCAGAAAGAAAAUGAUUCUGUUGAUCCAAAGUCUAGAAGAUAUGCUGGGAACCAAGAUGAGGAGAAAGAGAGAUUGUUUCGAAGUCGUCAAAACAUCAUGGAAAGGUCUAAUUCAAUUUUGUCAACUAGAGAUGAAAUCCUGGCAGACACAUCAUCUGACCUGUCAAUCAAAAUCAAGGAUUCAGAAUCAUUAAAACGACCACACGCUUCCUAUAACCAAGAAAACAAAAGCAGCUCAGUGGAUAUAUUGAACAGUGAAGAUGGUCCAAAUGCUCGGUUGCAUCAUGAGUAUGUGGUGACACAAGACAAAAUGAUCUUUAGGGAAAAUAUGUCGGUGGAAUCUGGCAGAUGCCUGGAAAAUACUUCCAAAGUGAGAAAUGAGUCAUGCAUGAGACAAUCACUUGGAGUUGAUGAUGGAAGUCCAAAUGCACUUGAAAACAGAAUUAAGGUCCAUGAAGAAAAGAAGGGUGGGGCUAAGCAGGUUGGGGGUGUUAACAGACAUAAUAAUGUCCCAGAUCCCUCCAUGUUGGAGUCUGAAUCUCUUUUGGAUAUAUGCCCUGAUGAUGUCGUGGGAAUCAUAGGUGAAAAGCAUUUCUGGAAAGUAAGAAGUGCGAUUGCCAACCAACAAAGAGUCUUUGCUGUGCAAGUCUUCGAGUUGCAUAGACUAAUAAAGGUUCAGAGGUUGAUUGCUGGGUCACCACAUAUAUUGCUUGAAGAUACCUUAUAUAUGGACAAACCAUCUUUAGAUGUUUCUCCCGUCAAGAAGUUGCCAAUGAACUAUGUUUCUGAACCACCAUUGAUCAUUAAAGUCAAAGAUAAUUCUCAAAAAACAAAUAUUAGCAUCGAAUGUGCAGAUGAGAAUGCAGUUGCAAAGCUUCCUCUUCCCUCUACCAAUGAUGAUACCAGCAAAGGACUUGGUACAGGCCCUUAUUCAGGAAAUGCAUCGACAACACCGAUGCCUGCCAAUACCAGGCCAUCUCCUUGGUGUUUCUCUCCACCUGGAAAUCAGUGGUUAGUUCCUGUAAUGUCUCCUUCUGAAGGACUUGUUUACAAGCCAUGCACAGGGCCUUUUCCUUCAACUGCAGGUUUCUUGGCACCAGUUUAUGGCAGCUGUGGUCCUGUGAACCUAGGGGACUUUCUGAACACAGCUUAUGGUGUUCCAGCUUCUCACCAUCAGGGAUUUGGAAUUCCUGCUGGCAACCCUCCGAUAGGUCAGACCUACUUUCCACAUUAUGGUAUGCCAGUUAGGAAUCCUUCAGUUUCUGGCUCAGCAGUUGAGCAGAUGGGCCCGUUUACUGGAGUCCAGUCAAAGGGCAAUCAGUUCUCAACAGGUGAUGUAAACUUCACCAUAGCUCACCAGAGUUCAUGCAACAUAUCAAGUCAGAUGAGUCAAGCAAUCUCAUAUUGUGCUGGAAAAUUACCUGCAUCAAAAGAGAGCCAAAUACAGGGAAGUAGUCCAGCGAGUAGUCCAUCUGAGAGGGCUAAAGGGGACGCACUUCCUUCUUUACCUACAGAACCUACAACACAGGCAUCCAAUCAUGACGGUCAAACUAGCGGGCAGCGAACAAGGGUGAUUAAGGUUGUACCACAUAACCCCAGAUUAGCGACUGAAUCAGCAGCUCGGAUCUUUCAGUCUAUCCAAGAAGAAAGGAAACAGUAUGAUUAGUUUUUGUAUCUAAUCAGACCUACCUUGCCGAAGGUAACUGUAUACUUAAUACUUUGUCAAAUAUUUGAUGUUUUGCAUCUAAUUCUUAUAUGUUAAUAGCAUAUACAUAACAUAAGCAGCUUAAGGUUGAAAAACAAUAAACUUUUGCUUGAUUGUAACCA